AAGUCAAAAUAUGGCUCCGCUGCCAGGCGCUGCUAAUGUGCUGUUGCUUUUGGCCUUUUCUUUAUCAGGGACGUCUCCACAGAGGAUCAUAGGGGGUCAGGAGGUCCUGCCUUACUCGAUCAAAUACCAGGCCUCCCUGCAGUUCAGUGAUACCAAGCAACACUACUGUGGAGGAACCUUAGUGCACCCUGAGUGGGUGGUGUCUGCUGCCCACUGCUGGAGGCCGAGCAGUCGAAUGCUGGUGGUGUUAAGUGAACACAGCCUGGACAAGGAAGAAGGAUUUGAACAGGUCUUUAAUGUCUCCAAGAUAUUUGUCCACAACUUUAACUACAAUUCAUUUGACAAUGACAUCAUGAUGAUCAAGCUGAGUAGGCCGGCCCAGCUGAAUGCUAACGUCCAGCCAGCUGUUCUGCCUGAUGAUAGCGCUCCUGCACUUUAUAAUGACGUGUGCACAGUGAGCGGCUGGGGUGUGACACAGAUUUACAGUUACUCCCUGUCUCCUGUGCUACGUUCUGUGGACGUGAGAAUAGUUCCCUACUGCUCUUAUUACUACUGGGGGAGGAUCACUUCAAACAUGCUGUGUGCUGGAUCUCAAUUAGGUGGCAAAGAUUCCUGCCAGGGUGACUCCGGUGGUCCCCUUAUCUGCAAUGGCCUCUUCGAGGGCAUUGUCUCCUGGGGUAUCAGCUGCGCAAACCCUUACUUUCCUGGAGUCUACACCAAAGUGAGGAACUACAUCCCUUGGAUCAAAUGGAUUACAGAGCAACAAUAA